UGGACAAUCUCAAGAAGCGGCAGCGGAGCAGCACCGGCGGCAGGUGGCCGAUCACCCGGGACUUAGAUUUUCAGCUGACCACCCGCCAACAUGGCUAGAGGUUUGAAGAAGCACUUGAAGAGGCUAAAUGCCCGCCCCCAAACAUUGGAUGCUGGAUAAACUCGGCGGGGCAUUUGCACCUAAGCCUUCUUCUGGACCACACAAAUCUAGGGAAUGCUUGCCUUUGAUCCUUAUCAUUCGGAACAGGUUAAAGUAUGCCCUCACAUACCGUGAAGUCAUCUCCAUUUUGAUGCAGCGACAUGUUUUGGUAGACGGUAAGGUUAGGACAGACAAGACCUAUCCUGCAGGUUUCAUGGAUGUUGUUUCAAUUCCAAAGACAAAUGAGAACUUCCGUCUCCUCUACGAUACAAAGGGACGUUUCCGGCUUCACUCAAUCAGGGAUGAGGAGGCUAAGUUCAAACUCUGCAAAGUCCGUUCCAUCCAGUUUGGAAAGAAGGGAAUUCCAUACCUCAACACCUAUGAUGGUAGGACCAUCCGCUACCCGGACCCUCUUAUCAAGCCCAACGAUACAGUAAAGUUGGACUUGGAGUCCAACAAGAUUGUGGACUUCAUCAUGUUUGAUGUUGGGAACGUGGUCAUGGUGACCGGUGGAAGGAACAUGGGGCGUGUUGGAAUCGUUAAGAGCAGGGAGAAACAUAAGGGAAGCUUCGAGACCAUCCACGUCCAGGAUGCCCUCGGCCACGAGUUUGCCACCCGACUUGGGAAUGUUUUUACUGUGGUGGUUAGAGCACUGGAGCAAACAUGUGAGGAAGAGGGGAAGGAAGUGAUGGGUAAGGGCACCAAGCCCUGGGUUUCUCUCCCCAAGGGGAAAGGUAUCAAGCUGACCAUUAUUGAAGAGGCAAAGAAGAGGCUUGCUGCCCAGUCUGCUCUAACCGCAUGAGGAAGAUGUACCCUCUUGACGUGGUUCUUCCAUUGCCCGCUCAUCUGCUAUGAAGAUAAAUUCGAUUCAAAAGAAAUUUUGUUUUGCAGAUGGGGCUACCGAUACUUCUUUUCAUAAAUCACAAGUCUAAAGCUGUCUCAUUUCCUUUUUACUUUUUACAACUUCUCUCAUUUAGAUGUGUACUGUUUUCAAGGAUUCAAAAUCCUAUGCUUUUUUCUCAGCUAUGAGUAAAAAAGAGUUUCCCCU